UUUGACCAAAGAGUAUCUAUGCAUUAAUUAUGGCUUAUAUAUACAUGUAUGCAAACCGCGGUAAUGUUUGAAUUUUACGUCUUUUGUAUUGAUUUUUCUCACGGGAAGUGGCCAUCCUGUCAAACAAGAGGAAAGGAAUAAGACAGGAAAAAACAUACCAAAAACAAUCGAGAACGCUCUUUGAAAACUUUAAACGGAAUGAAAGCGACAGUUAGAUAGAUUACGAAAGUGUCAAUACAUUUUUCGUUUACUAUGCCACCACUCUGCCAAAUUCAAUUUAAGUCCGAUAAAAAGAGAGAUUAAACACGAUAUUCAUUGAUAAACGUUUCUAUUUGAUGAAUCGAACUAUUCAGAAGGGAAUCUGUUAUUUCUUAAAGAUAAAGAUUGAACAAUAUCGUCACUCUCCCGAGUAACUCGACCAUUCUUCUUAUAAAUGACCAAUAAAUCUGUUCCAUGGUUUGUAUAAUGCCUAACCUCUCCACAGAAUACCCCAAUGUUUACUUAUCAAAACGAGAAAGUCCUUAUCUUCUAUCCGUAAUUACGCCUCAAAUCAAAGAAAUAUAUGUAUCAGAAAGCUUGUUUUUCUGUGGAGUUCUAGUCUGUUUAUGCUAGAAGCAAAAAUUUCUUCAUAUUAUGGAUAACUCGAUAGAAGAGGAUCGUCUGCUGACGUCCACUCCGAUUCAGAGUCUGGAUGUACCACAUCUUCUGGAUCCGGGUGAGAAUCUUUCGGAUAGCAAAAGCGAUGAUCGGGACACCCCGGAUUUUGUCGUCAGACUUGGUACUUCCUUGGCCAGGUCAGAAGCAGAGUCACAGUACAAACUUCUGCUAAAAGAAUUCUCACUUAGACCUUUGGAAUCACAAAAGAUUCCCAAACAACAAUCAUCCAUUAACUCAGGUACAACCAGUAUCCGGAGCUCCGGCCGUGUUUCACCGGUUCGACGUCGGAGCUCCGUAAUUUCCAUCGGUAACGACCUUCGCCGGAGUUCUGUGACGUCAGUGACUGGGGAGCAGCAUCUCCGGAUGUUGAGUCGAGGACUUGGUCGUCUGCAGAGGAGGAGGAGAAUGUCUACCAAAGGUCUACUGUUCCCUCCCCUGCCCUCACCCCAGGAGGACCUCUCUCCGCGGGAACCGGCCAUUGUCAAGUUCAGAAGAAUCGCCAGGAGUGUUCUAAUUGUAUCCGGGAUUUGGAUUUGGUUAAAGAGAUACACUCUAAAACCCAACACCAGUGAAUGGUCAUUCAUGGAGAUGUACAUACAUUUACGGGAUGAUAUGAACCAAGUCCUAGCCUUCAAUCCCAACACGUACGGCAAAUUUGAACCACUAAGAGACAAGUUGAAAGAACUACUCUCCAUACCCAAAGAACGAAGAACUCUGCAGAACAUUCAAGUGAUAAUGGCUCUGAUGAGGGACAACGCCUCCUUUCAGGACUACCCCGUACACACACAGAUACAACUAGCCCGCUGUAUGCAGUACCAAAGUUACGAGGCACGCCGAGUGAUUUUGAAGCAGGGCCACCCUCCGUCCAUGUUUUACAUCAUGUUGACAGGCACAGCCAUAGUGAACAUCCUUGACGAAGACCCGCGAACGGGAAACAAAUUCGUCCGAACAGUUCACGAACUUAACGGUGGGGACACGUUUGGGGAGAUUUCUUUGAUACACGGGGGACUCCGCACAGCCUCCAUCAUUUGUAAAACAACGUGUGAGUUUCUAGUCGUUUUGAAAGAGGAUUUCGAUGUCAUAAUCAAGGAGCCACUGCGAAAACAAAAAGAACAAAACGUAGAAUUCUGCAAAUCACUGAUGUUGUUCAAAGAUUUCCCUUGCGAAAAAGCUUUCCAGCACAACACAACCCAGUUUUUCUACCAAUAUUUCAAACCUGAUGAUGUCAUUGUCAGAGACAGUCUGGAAAGUAAAUACAUCAUUGUCAUUAAAGCGGGUAAAUGUAAAAUUGUGAGCGAAUUCCAAAGUCGAAAAUCAGAGACACGGCCAGACAGGAUCAGAAAGAUGUUUGAUCCCGAGGUGGAAGAGGCCUUUCCCUUGUAUACAACUAUGAAGAAGAUACAAGCAAUGGACUCUUGUUCAAGAACAGAUAACAAACCCAGUUCCAGAGACAAAUUUCGGAUUGGGUUAUUGACGGGUACGAUAGAUAGAGACAAGCUGGUGAGCAGCGUAUCAACCCGCGUGUCGAAUUCAGAAAGUACCACAGAGAAACUGGCAACCACAGUUGAUGAUGAGAUAAGUCAAAUGACACUCAGAAGACAUUCUGCUGAUCCACAUAGAAAAUCCCAAAAGUCGGAUCGUAGAACGAUGUCCUCCAAACCACGGCUCAUGGAAGAAAUCCUGGAUUGCGAGGAGGACUAUGUGCCACGCAGUAGAUGUUCCGAGCCCUUCAUCACGGCCUACGCCCAGAUUUCAGAAUUAAAGACGGGACAAGUAUUUGGUUUGGAGUCUCUGAUCUCUACCCCGUCUACACAACUGAGUCUGGUCAGCGAGGGGGCGGAGUGUAUCCUCAUUUCUAAGCGGCUCUUUCUGAGGGAGGCUAAUGUUAAAGUCCUAAGGAUUGUCACAGACUUG